AUGCGUGAUGUACUCGUCUCUCAACCAAUCACCAUUAAUCAUCAGGAAGAGAAGAAUAUGUUGAAUAAUGAAGACUAUCUGCUUUCUUCAAUAUUCAAUCAUCCAAAUAUUCGGAUCAAAAAUAAAGUUGCAGUAGAAGAGAAACUUUUGCAAAUGAUGAGAGAUGGGCAAGAUAAACUUAUGGUUAUCACUGAUUUCGAUUUCACUCUGACGAAAUUCGAUUCAGCAUCAGGCGAAAGAUUUUGGAGCAGCCCCGGAAUUUUUGACCGCUUGGCUUCUGAAAUUCGUCCAUCUCUGGUGGAGAAAUUCAAACAGUUAUGUAAGAAAUAUAUUCCAAUUGAGUUUGACCCUAAGCUUUCGAUGGAAGAAAAAAUUCCACAUAUGGAGAGUUUCUGGAAAGAGUCUCAUAGACUGACGGUCAGCGCUGGUUUCGAAAAGAAUGUCAUUGAAGAGUUCGUCAGAAGAUCGAAAAUAGCCUUACGCGAUGGAACUACUCAACUGAUGGAAAAUUUGAGUUCGAACGAUAUCCCAAUGGUUAUUUUCUCAGCAGGGGUUGGUGAUGUUAUUGAUGUCUUCCUCAGGAAAGAAAUGAACAAAAGGGACCUGCCAGAAAACAUGCACAUAAUCUCUAAUAUGAUGGAGUUCGAUAAUGAAGGAAUCGUUACUGGAUUCAGUGAACCUUUGAUCCACACCUUUUGCAAGAAUUCAUCUGUUAUUCAAAAAGAAGCUGCAUUCUUUCAUCAAAUUGCUGAAAGAACAAACGUAAUUCUGUUGGGGGAUAGCCUUGGCGACAUACAUAUGGAUGUUGGUGUUGAAAAAGAACAAAUUCCAUUGAAAAUAGGAUUUCUGAACUAUAAGGUCGAUGAACUCAUUGAUACGUUCACUGAUAUUUACGAUAUAGUAUUAAUAAGAGACCGAUCGAUGACAGUGCCCUCAGCAAUCCUCAGGUCGAUCCAAGAACAUGAAAUUAUUGUUUAA